CAGCUAGGGAACACCUACCCCUACACCCCCUCCGACUGGCACCAAACCCUCGACCUAGCCUACCAAACAGGCUUGGACGCUCUCACGCUGAAUCUGGGGCCGGAGCAGUGGCAAACGGAUCAAGCUAGGGUCGCUUAUCAGUUGGCUGAAGAGAAGAUUAAGAUUCGAGAUCAGGAUCAAGGUCGGACCGCUAAAGUGGGGUUGAAGCUGUUCUUGAGCUUGGAUAUGAACGUCCUACCCUCCUCUACCCUCGAGGAGAUGGACAGGCUGGUCGAUCUCGUCCUCGAGCUGGGAUCUUCGGCUGCCCAGAAGAACAAGAGAAAGGGCAAGGUCGUAUUAUCGACGUUUGGGGGUGGAGAUUGUUCGUUCGGAGGAGCUGGGUGGGAGGGAUUCUUGAAGGCUUGUCGAGGACGAGGAACCGAGAUCUACUUUAUCCCCGCCUUCUUCCUGCCACCCGAAAAGAUCCUGGGGAUGGAUUACCUGGACGGGACUUUCAAUUGGAAUGCCGCUUGGCCGAUGGGGAACUAUACGACCUCGUCAAUCGAGGAUCGUCCUUUUCUCGAGAGCGACAAAGCGUACAUGGCAGCCGUCUCGCCCUGGUUCUUUACGCAUUACGGAAAGACGGGCGAUUGGGCUUGGAACAAAAACUGGAUUUACCGGUCAGACGACCACCUUUACGCAACGCGCUGGAUGAACAUCUUGGCAUCGGACUUUGACCCAGAGUUCAUCCAGAUCAUCAGCUGGAACGAUUAUGGCGAAUCCCAUUAUAUCGGCCCGAUUCUUGGCGCUCAACCUGGUUCGGAACGCUGGACGAACGGGAUGUCUCAUGAGGGAUGGAGGCAGUUGACCUCGUGGUUUAUCAGACGUUAUAAGGGCAUGCCUUUGAGCGCGGAGAGGGAGACGAGAGUAUACCUGAGUUAUCGGUUACAACCGCGGGACUGCCAGGUCGAGGGGGAUCCAGUGGGAAGGCCUGAUCGAGCCGACUUCGCACAAGAUGUCAUCUCUGUCACGGUGACGGUACCGAAACACAUGGAAAACAAGUCUCGACUCGUCCUCGCUGUGCAAGCUGGUAGGGACAACCGUCAAGAAAUUGUCCUUCGCCCUAAGGGAGGGAUCGCCAUGGCACUCGUCCCUUUCGUCUCCGGAAACGUGUCAUUCAGUCUGCUGGCGGAUGGCAAAGAGCUUUUGGCUGGUCAGAGCGAGCCAAUCGCUUACAACGACAAGACAGCGUCUCUGUACAACUUCAACGCCUGGACUGGAUCAUGGGCCACACAGUGA